GCCAAUGGGAGUGGCCUGCGGGGCGGGGCUCCCGGCGCUGGGUCUCUGGGCUAGGGAGCGCUGGUAAACAGAUACGGAGUGCAUGCCGGGUGUCUACGCUACGGCGAGCGCGCGGAGGCUGCGCGAAGGUGACCGUGGAUCCCAGCUUCCUGCAGCCGGCCCUGAAGGAUGGCUUCCAUGUUGGGGGACACCAUCAUGGUGGUCAAAGGCCUUGCCAAGCUGACCCAGGCGGCCGUGGAGACCCACCUGCAGCACCUGGGCCUCGGCAGGGAGCUCAUUAUGGCGGCCGGGGCCCUGCAGUCCACGGCCGCAGAGCAGAUCAGCAUGGUCUUGGGGCAGGUGCAGGGUCAGGAGAAGCAUGAAGAGUCUUAUACCAAGAGCUCUGACGACCCGCAAGCAGAAUUCCACUCCUCAGGGCUGAGGGCCGAGGGCGCCUCCGAGGAGCCGUCUGUGGCCUCCUCCCCGGAUCAGUCCCCUCCGCCCUGGGAUCAGGCCCGCAGCCAGGGCCCAGCUCCUGCCUAUGUUGCCAGCGGACCCUUUGGGGAAGGCGGGCUCCGGGGCCAGGCCGCCUCCCCUAUGGGCAGGGUGAACGGGCCGCUCUUUGCGGACCCCAGAGACCCAUUCUCUGCCACGGGCCUGCAGCGAAGGUUCUACCACCAGGACCAGUCCCCUGUGGGGGGCCUGACGGCUGAGGACAUUGAGAAGGCCCGGCAGGCCAAGGCUCGCCCGGAGAGCAAGCCCCACAAGCAGAUGCUCAGUGAGCGGGCUCGCGAGCGGAAGGUGCCAGUUACGCGGAUUGGGCGGUUGGCCAACUUUGGAGGUCUGGCCGUGGGUCUGGGCUUCGGGGCCCUGGCCGAGGUCGCCAAGAAGAGCCUCCGCCCUGAGGACCCCUCAGGGAAGAAGGCCGUGCUGGAUUCCAGCCCCUUCCUGUCAGAGGCCAACGCGGAGCGCAUCGUGCGGACGCUGUGCAAGGUGCGCGGGGCGGCGCUCAAGCUGGGCCAGAUGCUGAGCAUCCAGGAUGACGCCUUCAUCAACCCCCAUCUGGCCAAGAUCUUCGAGCGGGUCAGGCAGAGCGCAGACUUCAUGCCGCUGAAGCAGAUGACGAAAACUCUCAACAACGACCUGGGCCCCAGCUGGCGGCACAAGCUGGAGUACUUUGAGGAGCGGCCCUUUGCAGCCGCCUCUAUCGGGCAGGUGCACCUGGCCCGCAUGAAGGGCGGCCGCGAGGUGGCCAUGAAGAUCCAGUACCCCGGCGUGGCCCAGAGCAUCAGCAGUGACGUCAACAACCUCAUGGCCGUGCUGAACAUGAGCAACAUGCUUCCAGAAGGCCUGUUCCCUGAGCACCUGAUCGACGUGCUGAGGCGGGAGCUGACCCUCGAGUGUGACUACCAGCGAGAGGCCGCCUGUGCCCGCAGGUUCAGGGAGCUGCUGAAGGACCACCCCUUCUUCUACGUGCCCGAGAUUGUGGACGAGCUCUGCAGCCCCCAUGUGCUGACCACGGAGCUGGUGUCCGGCUUCCCCCUGGACCAGGCCGAGGGGCUGAGCCAGGAGAUCCGGAAUGAGAUCUGCUACAACAUCCUGGUCCUGUGCCUGAGGGAGCUGUUCGAGUUCCACUUCAUGCAGACAGACCCCAACUGGUCCAACUUCUUUUAUGACCCUCAGCAGCACAAGGUGGCUCUUCUGGACUUCGGGGCAACUCGGGAAUAUGACAGAUCCUUCACGGACCUCUACAUACAGAUCAUCAGGGCUGCUGCUGACCGGGACAGGGAGGCCGUGCUGAAGAAGUCCAUCGAGAUGAAGUUCCUCACCGGCUACGAGGUCAAGGCCAUGGAAGAUGCCCACUUGGAUGCCAUCCUUAUCCUGGGGGAGGCCUUUGCCUCGGAGGAGCCCUUUGACUUUGGCACCCAGAGCACCACCGAGAAGAUCCACAACCUGAUCCCCGUCAUGCUGAAGCACCGGCUCGUCCCGCCGCCCGAGGAGACCUACUCGCUGCACAGGAAGAUGGGGGGCUCCUUCCUCAUCUGCUCCAAGCUGAAGGCCCGGUUCCCCUGCAAAGCCAUGUUCGAGGAGGCCUACAGCAACUACCGCAGGAGGCAGGCCGAGCAGCAGUAGCCGCGGGCCCGGCCGUUAGGCGGGACCCUCCGUCCUCCUGCCGCUAAAACUAGUAGGAAGCCGGUGGUACCCACGCUCCGUUUAAGCUUCACCCAGUGAGAGGGGGCCGCGCUGGUGGGGGGGCCGCUGCUCAGAGCCCGUGGCCAGCACUUAUACACGGUUCUCAUCGCUGAGUGGGUGUGGGGCGAGAGGCGCCAGCACGGAAGUGCAGCCCCACUGCUGUCUGGCAGAAUCUGCUUAUUGUUUACUCAUCCUCUGAAAUGACUCUCGAUAAAAAGACGAUUUUAUUUCCUUUUCCUUUUUGUAACAGGGCUUUUUGCUAAUGUGAAUGGUAACCAGAAGAAGAUGAGAGUUCUCCCUUUGAAUCCCUGCCACCAAAAAAAAAACCAAAAACAAAACAGAAAAGCCUUUUUGGAUUUUAUGGAGUGUGUAAUACAAGGUUUGUGUGUGUGUGUUUCUAGAAUGAGAUUUGUGUUUUCUGCCUUUUCCUCUCCAGCUUGGAUCUGCACCUGGGAGAAGUGCUGAUCUGAGCAGUGCCGACAAGCACUACUUCUCCAAGCGAGGUCCACCCACACCUGCUCUCUGGCUGGUUCCUAGAGGCUUUUUUGGACAAGCAGAGGUUUCCAGAGAACUGCUGCCUCCUGUGGGGAGGGGCAGGAGCCCCAGAAGGGGAGAGAAAGCCGCGUGCUCUCUGGGUGUGUGUGGGCCCUUCUUCCCGCUCCGGCGCCUGGGCCUUUUGUGGAAGGUGAUGUGCACGUGUCAUCUGCUUGGACCCAAGGGGUCGUUUCAGGCUGUUAACCUCUGUACAAUUCUUGUAAUUGUCUGAUUUACUUGUUUCAAUUAAAAAAAAAAAGCUAGCA